AUGAGACUUCAGCGCGUGCUUUUGUUUUUAGCUUUAUCUGUCUGCCCACUUUUCUCUCUGACUAACUGUGAAGAGCAGCGAGUCCCCGAAGAGAAACUUCUCAUCGUGACCAUUGCAACCCAAGACACUGAAGGCUUCAAGCGUUUCUUGGUGUCGGCUAAACAUUUUAACUACACUGUCAAGGUUCUUGGUCGGCGUGAAAAAUGGAGGGCAGGUGACUACAUGUCGGCUACAGGAGGGGGCCAGAAGGUACGACUGCUGAAAGAGGCUCUGCAGGAAAUGAAGAAUGAAGACACAAUCAUCCUUUUUACUGACAGCUACGACGUGGUCUUCUCCUCGGGUCCCAAAGAGCUGCUCAAGAAGUUCCAGCAGGCCAAACACAAGGUGGUGUUCUCCUCCGAGAGCCUGAUCUGGCCCGACAGACACCUGGAGGACAAACACCCCCACGUCACCGAGGGCAACCGGUUCCUAGGCUCAGGAGGUUUCAUUGGCUACCUUCCUAGCAUCAGAGAGAUGGUUGCUGACUGGAAGGGAGAGGACAGUGACAGUGACCAGCUGUUCUUCACCAACAUCUACAUCGAUCCUGCGAAAAGGAAAUCCAUAAAUAUCACAGUGGACAACAAAUGCAGAAUGUUCCAGAACCUCCAUGGAGCCCUCGGUGAGGUGGUGCUGAAGUUUGAGGAUGGACGUGUACGUGCCAGGAAUGUUCUGUAUGACACCCUACCUGUGGUCGUCCAUGGGAACGGACCAACCAAGCUCCAGAUCAACUACCUGGGGAACUAUAUCCCCAACAUAUGGACGUUUGAGACGGGAUGCACAGCGUGUAAUGAGGGGCUCCUCCCACUGGAAGGUCUUCAGGAGAGUGAGUACCCACUGGUGCUUAUCGGCAUCUUCAUUCAGAAGCCCACCCCUUUUGUUACGGUGUUCUUUGAACGCUUCCUGAAGCUCCAGUACCCCAAGAACAGACUGAAACUCUUCAUCCACAACCAGGAAGCUCAUCAUGAGAGUCAGGUCAGCCUUUUCCUGAAGGAUCAUGGGAGCCUUUAUCAGGAUGUCAGAGUGAGCGGGCCUGAGGAGGAGAUGGACACUGCUGCCUCCCGCAACCUGGCCAUCGAUGUGUGCCGGAAAGACGAGGGCUGUGACUAUUUCUUCACCUUGGACAUUGAAGUGGUCUUAAAGAACGAAAACACACUCAAAAUUCUCAUUGAACAAAACCUUCCCUUUGUGGCCCCGAUGAUAACUCGCCCUGGCCGACUGUGGAGCAACUUCUGGGGGGCCCUCAGUGCAGAGGGCUACUACGCCAGGUCUGAGGACUACGUGGACAUAGUGCAAGGACGCAGAGUGGGUGUGUGGAAUGUCCCGUAUGUGUCCAGUGUGUACCUGCUGAAGGCCAGUCUGCUCCGGUCUGAGCUCACUGACUUCGAUCUGUUCAACUCAGACAUCUUAGACCCCGACAUGGCCUUCUGCCACAACAUCCGCAAGCAGGGAGUCUUCAUGUUUGUGACCAACAUGCAGACUUUUGGUCGCAUCGUGUCAAUAGAGACCUACCAGACCAGCCAUCUCCAUAACGACCUGUGGCAGAUCUUUGAAAACCCAGUGGACUGGCAGGAGCGCUACAUCCAUGAGAACUACACCUACAUCAUGAGAGACAAGCUGAUCGAGACUCCCUGUCCCGAUGUCUACUGGUUCCCGAUUUUCUCCGAUGUCGCCUGUGAUCACAUUGUUGAAGAAAUGGAGCAUUUUGGGAAGUGGUCAGGAGGAGACAAUACGGACGUUAGAAUCCAGGGCGGCUAUGAGAACGUGCCGACGAUAGAUAUCCACAUGAACCAAAUCAACUUUGAAAAGGAGUGGCACAAAUUCCUGCUGGAGUACAUCGCACCGAUCACAGAGAAGAUGUAUCCUGGGUACUACACCAAGUGCGCCACCCCUCUGAACUUCGUGGUGAGGUACAAACCUGACGAGCAGCCGCUGCUUGCGCCUCACCACGACGCCUCCACGUUCACUGUUAACAUAGCUCUGAACAGCAAGGAAGUAGACUACCAGGGUGGAGGCUGCCGGUUCCUCCGCUACGACUGCUCCAUCGAGGCCACUCGUAAAGGCUGGACCCUGAUGCACCCGGGCCGCCUCACGCACUACCACGAAGGCCUGCCCACCACUGGGGGGGUGCGCUACAUCGCUGUGUCCUUUGUAGACCCUUGAACACAUCACCGGCUCUAAAGCCAACAGGCCACUCUGCUGACCGCAUCCGAACGCAUCACGGCUCUCCACACCUUCGCUCUUCUCUUUCGCUUGUUCUCAUGUUAAAAAUAAUGUUGUUUCUCUGUUACUCUCAUACAACGUCUGACCUAUUAGCCACAGCACCAGUGCUCUGUGACGAAAACACAGCUGCAUAAUGAACCCGAACAUGUUAGCGCCACAUCAGAGGAGAACUGGCUCCACAGUAACACUUCCCCAAAGCUUCUCAUAUGUAAUAUUAGCAGGAGUGAUGUCACAGCAGCAGAACCUGCGCGGGGUCAGCGAGGCAUCGGGGGGCCGGCUCCCCAGGUGGAAGCUUUACAAAUAGACAUUUAUGGUCAUUUCAAGUGAUUACAUUUGUAUGUCUCCCACAAUUGUGUCAUCGUUUCACACUCCACCUGCCUUGGGAAAGUGCCUUGUUAUGGUGUUUUGGGUCCUUGGAUUUAAGGGAAUUGGAGCCUGGAAAUUCCUGGAAUGAGAUUUUCUAUAAGGUGAAAAAUGUGAAAGAAAGGAUGAUAAAAUAUUGUCCUCUUGUGAGUUAGAAAACAGUGAUCUUACAGCGUUGUGUAGCCUGCUGUAGGGUACAUGAUCCAGGAUAGUCACAGAGUUUAGUAUCAUCAUUCACCUGAAAAUGAGAUUAAGGACAGAGGGUGUCGUUUUCCUCAUACUGAUAUUCUGAACAAUCUGUGCUGUUGUAUUUGCUGUAAAGUGUCUCUACUGUAGGCUAUUUUUAUUAUAUGUACAGCACUUUGGCUCGACCAAAAAUCGUUUAUAAAUGUGCUAUAUAAAUAAAACUUGAUUUGAUGAUUACAUUACAAAGACAGCUAAGAAUUAACAAUGUUCCGCCAGAUGUUAUCAGGAAGUAGCUCCUAUGCUAACAUGCAGCGGGAACACCUGAUCAGAAACGUCUCACACUCCAACCUCAUCUCACCAGCUUUAUUCUCCUAAGUAGACGUGUUACUUUAGUCCCAGUUCUGAACUCAUGUGUGUGUGUGUGUGUGUGUAGAACAAUGUUGACAUUUUCAGUCAGAAGCUACGUUGUAGUGUUCAGACCCCGUCACAUGGACUCCUCAGGAAACCACCAGCUCCAAUUUUUUACCAACGCUUGUGGAAAAUAUUGUUACAUUUACACUAGCUGUCCCAUUCUGUGUUGCUAAAGUACAUCUUUACUAACUUUUUCAACAGACACUUCCAAAUCCUGCUAAGGCUCUCUUAUUUAUUGUGUGUAUAUAUCAUUUGAUAAAGGCCACACUCCCUAAAUAGUUUUGCAAUAUAACUGCAUUUUGGGAGAGAUACUGAAGUCCUUCUCUGGCGCACUCACUGAUAUCAGCUGAGUUAAAGUUUUACAUCUAACGUUGUCAUUUCUUGUUACCAGCCAUCACUGAGCUAAGACUACAACUUGAAUAAAUCUGUGAACCAAA